AUGAAUUACAAAUAUAAGGCUAAGAAAAAUAAAGAAAAUGACUAUUGUUUCCAGGCAAAAGAUCCCAAAGCAGAUGGAAAACCACCAAAGCCACGAAAAGCGCCAAAGGCCAAGGAACCAAAUGAAGAGAAGAAUGGGAAGAAGAAUACGACUACAGCACCACCACCAAGUGGUGCUAUUUCAGCAUUCAUCAAUGUGCUCACUACCGUAUCCGGACGAAUCGGUGGUGUGGUCGCGAAGGGAAAAGCGAAAAUAUUUCGCAACAACAAAGUAGCGCCAAUACAGUCAAAAGUUCAGCCACGGCAUCUUGAAUUAGAGCCAUUAUGUUGCUUAUCAUCGUGCCUUGUUCGAGGUGGAUGCGCUUGUGUUGUUUUCUUCGAAGCGUUCUACGUGGCAGCAACGUUGUUGAUUGCUGUAAAUGCUAUAGCGAGACACGGAUUCAGAUUAUGGUCUCCCAUUCCUGACUCAAUAAAUCCUUGGUUUGCACAUCAGCUGUUCUACUACUGCAUUGGCUUCUAUGACAUUAUCCUUCUGACGUUCUUGAUCGGUUUAGCUCGAGGACUGGUAAUAUUUAGUAAGGAUCUGCUAGGAGCCCAUUACUACUUCUGCUUCUUCUCGCUAGUCGUCAAUAUCAUAUUUUUCGCAUUCUCCUUGUGGGCUCUUUGUUCUCCCGGACCCAUCAAAUGGACUGUUAUCAACUCUCUACUCGUCUUCUGCUUUGCUAUGCAAAUUCCACUUCAGAUUUGGGGACUUACGGUGGUGAAGAGCUGUCAGGACUUUUUUGCGCUGAUCCACGUGUUUGUCGCUUUGGCUGAAGCUUAA